GAAAAAGGCCGCGUCCGAAAAAAGACCAAGCAUCGGCCAGCAAUUCCAUUUCUCCAUCCAUUUCCUCGUCGCCUCCGCUUUCCCGACCCCACGUCUCCCCCCACCCUCCCCGACCUCCGACCGAAUCUCAUCGCGGUCUCCGCCGGAUUCGCCCGAACGAUCCUCUCCCCCGGGCCGAUGGCGAUCGGGCCCAAUCGCUGCCUCCCUCUGGCGUUCCGGCGGUUCGGGAUUUGUUGAAGAUUUAGGCCUCGGUUCCUGGAUUGUCGGGUUGAUCCGGGGAAUCUGGUGUCGGGCGCUGGUGGAUUGAGCUCGCCGGGCGGGGUCUGAGAGGGGCCGAUGGGGCUGCUGUUCGUGGAGUCGCUCCCGGGGCCCAAGGUGUUCAAGUGCAAGCACUGCGGGGUGGACUCGGCGUCGCCGGACGCCAUUGUGUCCAAGGAAUUCCGCGGCCGCCACGGCCGCGCCUACCUCUUCGACAGCGUGGUGAAUGUGAGCUUUGGUCCCAACGAGGAUCGUAUUCUCAUGACUGGAAUGCAUAUAGUGAAUGAUAUCUACUGUAGCUGCUGCCAACGACUCCUUGGCUGGAGAUAUGAGAAAGCUUAUAACGAAGACCAGAAAUACAAAGAAGGCAAGUACAUACUGGAGAAGAGCAUGAUGGUCAAAGAAUGAUGGUAGCUGAAGAAAUCAAUCAACUACUGUGCCUGCAAAAGCAGACAUUUCCAACUGUGUAAAUUAUUCAUGAAGAUUUGUCGUUAGUGGUUUCCGAAACAUUAUUGUGCCGGAGAAGACUAAGUGCGAUGAAAAUAAGUUUAUGAAAUAUUUUGGUGUCA